UGUGUGUAUAUAUGAGAGAGGGUGUGUGGGUGUGUGUGUGUGUGUGUGUAUGAGAGAGGGUGUGUGUGUAUGAGAGAGGGUGUGUGUGUGUAUGAGAGAGGGUGUGUGUGUGUGUGUGUGUAUAUAUGAGAGAGGGUGUGUGUGUAUAUAUGAGAGGGUGUGUGUGUAUAUAUGAGAGAGGGUGUGUGUGUGUGUGUGUGUGUGUGUGUGUAUAUUUGAGAGAGGGUGUAUGUGUGUAUAUAUGGGUGGGUGUGUGUGUGUAUAUGUGUGAGUGUGUGAGAAAGGGGAUGUGAGAGAGAGAGAGAAAAGGGAUGUGUGGGUGAGAGAAAGGGGAUGUGCGAGAGAGAGCAAGGAGGGGAGAGAGCGAGUCAGGAUGAGUGUAUGCAGGAGAGGGAGCUGGAGUCUGCAAGGAUGUGUGAAUGAGAUGGAGCUGGUUGUGCUGUAGCAGCACAGAAUGGUUUGUGGGUUACACAGAGAUGCAGGCCAUACUGUGCUGCAGCAGUAACGCCUGGACAGACGGGCAUCUGUGGAACCAUCCAGAAGAGCGUGUGUGUAUUUGGGAUCCACCUGCCUCGUCACUGGCUGCCUUGCUGUAGCAGCACGUAAAUAUUGGAGUUAAAACUACUGCUGAAGCCUCCAGUAUUGCUCGUGCUGCUGAAGCAAAGCUGACCGCUCGCCUCGAGUCUGUCUGCAUGCAUCCCUCACGCGCAGCAUGGGAGAACGAUGCGCAGGAGGAGGGGAGACACCGAGAGGGACGCAGUGUGUCAUCUUUAUGACAGGCACGGAUGUGGUUAUCGUGAAGAGUGGCCGGAGGAUAUGUGGCACCGGGGGUUGCCUCGCCAACGCUCCCCUGCACCAAAACAAGAGUUACUUUGAGUUCAAGAUCCAGUCCACAGGUAUAUGGGGGAUAGGUGUGGCAACUCAGAAGGUGAACCUGAACCAGGUCCCCAUGGGGCAGGACAUCAACAGCCUUGUCCUGAGGCAUGAUGGCUCGAUGUAUCACAACAACGAGGAGAAGAACUGCCUCCCUGCCAAUAGCCUUCCACAGGAGGGGGACAUUGUGGGCAUCACAUACGACCACGUGGAGCUGAAUCUCUAUCUGAAUGGGAAGAAUAUGCACUGUCCAGCUUCAGGGAUCAGAGGCACCGUAUUCCCGGUGGUUUAUGUGGAUGACAGCGCCAUCUUAGACUGCCAGUUCAGUGACUUCUACCAUACGGCGCCGCAAGGCUUUGAGAAGAUUCUGUUUGAGCAGCAGAUUUUCUGACCAGCACCUCCUUAUACCUCCAGGCCUUUACACACACACACACACACACACACACAUACAACCCUCAGCGCUCCUUGUUGCUCCGCAGAGAUCUGUGACCCCCACCCUCGUUCCAUCUGGUUUGAGUGUCCCUCUGUAUGUGUUCUGGUUACUCUGCUUUAAAGCUGUUCUGGGUCCAGUUGGUUUAGCUCUUGGUUGAUGCCAACACUGGAGCAGUAAGAAAAUGGAUCCCAAGUCAGAAGUGAAGGGCAUUGAGUAACCAAAGUGGUGUGUGUGUGUGUGUGUGUGU